AUGUCCCUGAGCAGCAGCUGAACUCCAGUUUGGAUCAGACUGAAGAGUCUUCUUGCAUCAAAAUGGAGGAGGAAGAUCUGCUGAUCGAUCAACAGGAAGACAUUCCUCAGAUGUUGGAGCAGAAYGAUGACAGUUUUGUCUUGUAUCAGAGCAGUGCGGUGAGAAAGCAGCAGGACAGCAGCCACAGAGCGUUCUUACACCAGGACCUUCAGGACUCAGAGUUUCAACUGCAGCCGGGUACCUCCGUCCAUCASGUGGGCCCCGACCUCAAUGAGGAUGAACAUGGAGCUUGCGAGGCCGCCUUAGGAACCAGCCAGUUCGASUGCGGGGACCUGGAAGCUCCCCCCGCGGAGGUGGAGAACGCGUACGUUUGCACCAUCUGUGGCCUGGCSUUCGCUCAGCGCAGCCACUGGACCAAACACAUGCGGGUGCACCGGAAAGGGGAAGCGACGGCCGACAAGUCGUUCACGUGCAACAUCUGCGGGAAGAGGCUGACGCGGUUCGACGGCUACCAGAAGCACCUGCGAGUCCACACGGGCGAGAAGCCGUACUGCUGCAGCGUGUGCGGCCGCAGGUUCAGCGACAACUCCAACUUCAAACGGCACAUCCGCAAACACGCAGCGGGACAGAAAUCCCAGCAGAGCUGAGGCUGCAGGACACUUUAAAAAGACAGGAUGUUAAGACAUGCAACAGAUGGAUGAAUCUGUCUUUAUGUUCUUUUUUUUCUGAAGCCGCCAUUAUUAUUACUUUUAAGUUUGGAAACCAACAUUUUAGAAACUUUUAUCCAUUUAAAGUUAAACCAGAAAUUAGAGAUAAUAGUUUUUUAUAUUGUGUGUUAAAAAAAAUUUCUACCCUUUUCUUUUUUUUUUAAAUUGAGGGUUUUGUAGCUUGAUGGUCAGUGCUCCAGUCUGAAGCUGCAGGUUCAAGCCCAGCUUCUCAUAAACAGUUGCCACAUGUUUUCUGUGACUUGGCUCGUUGUGGUGACUCCUGCAGAAAGGAGCAGUUGGAAAAAUAAACAGUUUUAAAGAAAUUUUGUGCAUCAAACGUAUCGCUGCAUGUAGCAGAUGUUCAUUUUUUUAAUGGCUAAAUCUUUAAUUAAACAUAUUUUACUCCUUUA